AUGCCCUUCAGGAUAGAGGCAAUGGAUAUCUCUGAUCAAGAGGUGAGGAAGAACGAGAAGAUGUGUACAAAGUGCCCCAUUACAAAUGGCUCAAUCGACAACGUGGCCUUAAAGCAUCAAAGAACAACGGUUAUCGACGCAGAGGAAAAACAAGCUGCUGAACAACUGAUCCUACUUGCUUCAACGCAGGACGGCAACAAGAAAGCUGAAACUGUCGCUACUUCAACAAUCAAAAACAACGGUAAAGAAGCUAACAAACUUCUUGAGGACAAAGAAAUACUAGACAAAAGCUGUAAUAUAUUCAUUCCCAAUCACAGGCUGAUACGAAGAGGAGUCAUUCGAGGUGUUGAUACUGACGUAGAAGAAGAUGACAUUCUGAAUAAUCUUAAGUGUAGCAUGGAAAUCAAUAAUGUUAAAAGGAUUACAAAAAGGAAUUUACAGUACAAGGAAGGUGAGGACAUGCCUAGAAGAUUGCCUACCACUACCGUUAUCGUCUCCUUUGUUGGCCAAGAUCUGCCUGUACAUGCCUACUUGUAUGGCAUUUCACAUGAAGUCAGUGCAUACAUUGCAGCUCCAAGAAUUUGCAUCUCUUGCUAUAAGCCUGGCCAUAACUCGUCGGACUGUGGGACUAGCCCUAAGUGUAAGAAGUGCAGCGAAAUUAGACAUGACGGUGAGUGCAUUAACCCCUCUCCCAAAUGCCCUAGCUGUCAAGGUGAUCACUUUGCCAUGGACAAGAGAUGCCCUGUCAUCAUACGCGAACAAUAUGUGCAAUACAUUGUUGCCAUGGAAAGCAAGACUAUAGAGGAUGCAAGAAAAAUUGAUACGGGAGCUUUCACUUCUCACAAUGUAGCUCUCACCAAAGAGGCUUUUCCUCCUCUCACAGAAAAACAACACACUAAUUAUCAAAAUUGCCCACGUCCUGUUCAGCGAAGACAAAAUUUCACUGCAAACGUGCCAAAACACGUAGCAAUUAGAACAGUCCCACCUAGAACCAACUGGUAUAAAUUCCAGGAAGAAAACUGUCCAGAUUUUUUGGGCAGAACAGAAUUGCAUGGCUAUCAACCACGGUUCACUAACCUUGCUGCCUAUAACAAAACCAUGGAAAAAGCUGGGGACAACAUCAAUAUAAACCUUCAACCUACACAAGAAAGGGACCAAGCAACUAUAGAGAAGAACUAUUCUCCCAGCAGAAAAGAAGCCACCGAUCAUUAUGGAUUCCAUCGCACACACCCAGACAAUCCUUGCUACCAAACAAAAUAUUCAGAGGACUUAUUCACGCAAGAGACUCAAGAGGACCUUGAUAACACCUUGCUAAGAAUUAUGUUAUGGAACGCCAGGAGUUACCGUAAUAAAGUUACAGCUGUUAGAAAAAAUUCAUCUAAUUUUGAUGUUAUUGUUAUUGUUGAGUCAUGGUUAACUCCUGACGAGACAUACGAAAUUCAAGGCUUUUGUACUUACAGACACGAUAGAAUUCAUGCUGAUGGAGGUGGUAUACUUAUUUUUAUACGUGAGGACUUAGCUUUUAGUGAAUUACCUGUAGUUUCGCCGUUGCAGACGGUAGAGAUGUGUGGUAUUAAAAUUAAUAAUGUAGAACCAAACAUUAAUUUAUAUGCUUGUUACAGAGCUCCAGAGUGUGUUUUGACCCAGUCAGAAUGGCAUGAGAUUGUUGGCUGUGUAGACAUCGAUGGCUACUCACUAUUUUUAGGGGAUUUCAAUGCCAAAAAUAUUAAUUGGAAUUGUAACUCCAAUGAUGAUAAUGGCUUACGCCUUGAGGUGGCUUAUCGUCAUCGAAACUUAUAUUUACACAACUUUGAUACGCAGACAUACAUAAAACUUAGCACUAAUUACAGAUCUAACCUUGAUCUCAUCUUUUUAACUCAAAACCUUUCUGACUGGGUUAAUUAUGAGAUGUGCGACGUAACGUAUGAAUCUGACCAUUUUCCUUUAUACAUCAGUGUUAACGCUCAAAAGUAUUAUUAUUCUAGGAAAACUUUCAAGUGCAGCUCUACGCGCACUGACUGGAACAAAGUUGAACAGACUCUACAAGAAGCUUAUUCUCAGUUCUUCACAAUUGAUUAUGAACUCUCUUCCCCAGUUGAAAAAUAUAAUAUGUUAACUGCUAUCAUUACUGAGUCUGUUAAACUCUCCACUCCUGCUCAAAAACAGGUCUCAAAACGCAAACACAGGAAUCCUGUGGUGUGGUGGGAUGCAGAAUGUGAUAGAGCUGUCAGGCUCAAAACUGCUGCCUUUAAGAAAUACUUAUACUCUUUAAAAUUAAAUGACUUUAUAGAAUACAAAAAACAAUGCGCAUCAGCUAAGAAUCUAUUUAAAAUCAAACAAAAAAACAGCUACCAACAGUUUACAGCUAGCCUUAAUUUUCGCACAAACCCAACAUAUGUAUGGAAUAGACUCAAAGCAAUGAAGAACCGCUGGGUUAAAGCCAGACCUUCUUACAUUACUGAAAACUUGCAGAACAAUGAAUCAGAACUGGAAACAGCUCUCAAAAAAAUAUGCCCCCCGUGGGCUCAAACUAACCCUGAAUCUCUUCCUCAUGCUGAACCAAACGCCUUUUUCGACAAUCCUUUCUCAUUUGCAGAAUUCAAUCAUGCUCUUGAUAGCAAAAAUCUCAAGUCAGCUCCGGGCAUGGAUGGCAUAGACUUCGGCCUGAUUUAUAGACUACCCAUUCAAUACAAGUUACUGCUACUUGAUGUUUUUAAUUCCAUGUAUAUAACUAACUCGUACCCAGACACUUGGGGAGAUGUGUAUAUACAUUUUGUUAAGAAGCCCAAUGGUAAAGGCUAUAGGCCCCUAUCACUCACACCAUGUCUUUGUAAGCUUUUAGAAACCCUGAUUAAAAAUAGGAUGCAGUGGUGGGCUGAAAACAAUAAUAUUCUCCCUGGAAGCCAACAUGGCUUCAGAAGGGGCAACUCCUGCAUAGACGAUCUGAUGCAACUCACACUAACAAUUGAAGAAGCAUUUAGAGAGAAGAGCGAAGCAUAUGUGGUCUUCCUAGACGUUGAAUCUGCCUUUGAUCAAGUUAACAUUGAUAUACUACUACGCAAACUUGCAUACAUGGGAUUCUCUUCUCAAAUAGUUAACUUUGUUAAUUUCAUAACUCGUGAAAGACAUGUCUACAGUAAUCAAGACUCACACAACUAUCGCUCCUCUUACAAGGGAGUUCCACAGGGAGCUGUCCUUAGCCCCUUGCUUUAUGCUCUGUACACUGCCUCAAUCAUCUCUGACUUACCUGACAACAUCCAUGUAUCACAAUUUGCUGAUGAUCUCUCACUAUAUGUCAAAAGCAACCCAACUAAUGAUGAACUAGAUAAUCUCAAAAGAGCUAUAGACAUAAUAAAUUUCAACCUGCAUAACAUAGGUCUUAAUACAUCCCUUUCUGAAACUAAACUUCUCCACGCCAAUAAAAGAGGCAUCAAACCAGGCCAAACAGUCAUAGAAAUUAAUAAUGUAUCCAUUAAAUCUUCAGAAUGGGUCAAAUUCCUUGGUGUAGUCCUAGACUACAGACUCUCUUUCCAAGAACACAUCACACAGGUUCACAGAAGAUGCACUCUUGGCCUAAAGGUUCUGAAAUAUUUGCGUGGCACAUGGUGGGGUACUCAUCCAGAGACUCUACUCAUUUUAUACAAAAGCUACGUGCGAUCCCUGAUAGAUUACGCUUGUUUUGUCUACCUACCCAACAAUGCAAACAUGAUAAAUAAACUGGAAAAGAUACAAUACGCUGCAAUAAGAUACGCGAUGGGAUACCGUAUGAGUACACCAACUAACAUUCUUUUAGCUGAAACAGGUCUUAUAUCUAUCAGGGAUCGAGCCAGCUACUUGUGCCAAUGCUACCUAGUUAAAAUACUUAGCAAUAUUAAAUCUGAAAGUGCCACCCAUAUUUUAACAUUACACAACAAACUAAAAGGCAAUCCCAGAUUUCUGAAACUAGCUUCAAGAUGCAUUGUCGAAGUUCUUAAUUUACAGAAUGGGUAUAACAUUGCUAUUAAUAACAACUACAACAUAUUUUGCCAUCAUUAUUUCACUGCUUUGGUGUCUAUUCCAACUGACCUAACAUUUGGAAUCUUCCUUCAGAAUCAUACUCACCCCAACCAGGCUCUCUGUGAAUCCGUAAACGCUAUUGACGCCAUACCAAUAUACACCGAUGGUAGCAAGAUCAAGAACUCUCCCAGUGUGGGCUCAGCAUGUAUCAUUCCUGCAUAUGAAUUUAUAGAUGCUAAUAGCUUAAAUAAUCGUUCUUCCAUUUUCUCUGCGGAGUGCUACGCUAUAAACUCUGCCUUUAAUUUCAUCUUGACCCAACACAAUAAGAACUUUGUCAUAUUUAGUGAUUCUCUCAGUGCCUUAAAAAGCCUUUCUACUACUAAGCAUAACAUAAAAACAAACAUCCUUAUUCUAGAUAUAAAACUGAAAUAUCAAAAGUACUUAUUAGUUAAUCCAAACAAUUCUGUUAGACUAGUGUGGGUUCGAGCCCACACUGGGAUUUAUGGCAAUGAGAGUGCUGAUUCCAUUGCUAACCAAGUGUUGUCGAGCUUCUUGCACCCCGUGCUACCCUCCUAUCCUCGGGUAAGCACGAGCAUACCCAGCGGUUCCCAAAUUGGUGACCCAAACGUCAGUGGCAUAUCUGAUGACAGGGCCAAGAACGACUUGGUUGUGGCCUCCCUCGAGGCAGCAACGGUGAACGAGCUCCUGGAUGUGUUGGAACAUCUACCAACUGAAAACCUAUACGGAGUCCUUAAAGAGGCCAUUCUUUCACGCCUGACAGACUCUCAGGACAAGAGGCUGGAUCAGCUGUUCAAUAAGUUGGGGUUGGGUGACAAGAGGCCGUUGCAGCUUCUUCGCUCCAUGCGAUCCCUGUCUGACAACAAAGUCACAGAGGAGGUGCUCAAGGUGAAGUGGCUUCAUCUGCUCUCCCCACAGGUCACUCGCAUUUUGAAGAUCAUUAAAACCACUUCAUUGGAGGAGUUGGGCUCUACGGCAGACGACCUGAUCGAAACCAACCCAGGGGUGUUCGCAGUCUCAAGCACUACUCGACCGCCCUCUUCGACCCAGGCCCUCAAUGACUCAAGCCUGACUUCAGUGUCCACAGACCACCAGACCACGAGACGCAUAUCAGGCACCUGA